AUGAAGAAGUCUUGCAAUCUUUGUGGAGAAGCAGUAAGCACUGGUAAACUGAAGAGAAUGUAUACUGGAUCAAAACACACGAAUCUUAUCACGCUUGCUUCCCUUUCACUGAUUGGAGUUGUGGAAAGGGACAAUGUUGACACUGUUUUGGGACAGAUCAGCAAGAGUUCGAGCCGUGUUUGCUACUCUCAUAUUAAGCAAGCGGCCCAGUAUUUGUGCGCCGAAAUAGCAGCUAGAGGAAUGCAACAUUCUUAUGGUAAGGGUCCCACUGCUGGAGGAACUCCUGCAUACGUCAGCACUUCAGAUAUUCCGCAAAAUCUUAUUGAUGUAAUCAAUGGGAUGACCAAGACCAAUGUUGUCAUCAGCGCUCGAGAUGUUCGUUCGUACGUCAAUCUUGCGUUAAAGAAAUUCGAAGCCGAUUCUCUGUGGCCUGAGCACUGUCCCGACGAGGUGGAGUUGGAGAAGCCUCCGCCCAUGGUUGAAUCCAUGGAAUCUACUGCUCCUCCGGAACUGCUGAUUAAAGCCGAAGUGGAGCUCGAAGAUGAUUUCGGCAUGAUUGAGAAACCUGAAGAAAAUUAUGAUGUGGCUGCUACUCCGGAUACGAAGGUGUGGUGA